AUGAUACCUUCUACACAAUUUUCCCUCGGCCUUGUCGCGAGUAUAGCCCUCUCAUCGUCCGUCAAUAAGACAGACAGUCGCCCCACCGUGACUAUCGACGCAGGUGUUGUCGCUGGAACCACAACGUCCAUUCCGUCCUCAACUGUUACAGUUAACCAAUUCCUCGGGAUUCCCUUUGGUGCCCCUCCUGUGCGCUUCAGCCCUCCCCAGCCUCCUGCACCAUGGCCUUCGGUCUACGAUGCAUCGGAGUAUAAACCCGAUUGUAUUCAGCAGUUCAAUUACCCCGAGGCCUCACGGAACCGGUCCAUCGCGGUAUUCAACACGCCUCCGCCUCGAGGCGGCGAAGAAAGUGAGGACUGUCUCCACCUGAACAUAUUUGCCCCGAAGUCAGCAGCAGAGGGCUCCAAGGCUGUCCUCUUCUGGAUCUACGGCGGUGGUUUUGUGCUUGGGGCCAGUUCCCUGCCUGUUUAUGAUGGCACCAGUCUUGCGGCAAACGAGGACGUAGUGGUCGUUACCAGCAACUAUCGCACAAAUGUCUUCGGUUUCCCUGGCUCUCCUGAUCUACCUGAAUCGGAAUGGAAUCUGGGAUUGCUCGACCAACGUCUUGCGCUCGACUGGGUCCAGCGAAACAUUGCCGCCUUCGGCGGAGACCCGAGCAAAGUCACCAUUGUAGGCGAAAGUGCCGGAUCCAUGAGUGUGGAGGCUCUCAUUACAAGUCCUCCAGAUCCUGUUCCUUUCCAUGCUGGCAUCAUGGAAUCCGGCGUAUCAACGCUGCUGGCGGCCACUGCCGGGUCCGGUUGGAAGGCUCUAGUCAACGCUACCAACUGCCAGAAUAAGAAUGAGCUUGAAUGUGUCCGUGCUAUUCCCGCAAAGCAACUUAAAGAUAUCAUCGAACGGAAGAUGCUCACCUUCUCCCCGAUUCCUGAUGGAAUCACAUGGCCAAAGAAUCCACAUCAGAACCGCCAGAACUCUACGGAUGGCUCGUCUAAGAUCGCCCGUGUGCCUUUAUUAAUCGGCAGCAAUGCCGAUGAAGGCCAAACAUUUGUCGUUGGACAGAAUGCGACCGAAGCCCACACCCUUCUCAGUGCUACUCUAGGCAAUAAUAUGACUCUGGUUCAAGCCAUCCUGAAAGAAUACCCGCUGGGUACUCUGGGAGUUAAGACUGAACGCGAUCGUGUGGCGAAAAUCCUGACUGAAGUUGGGUUUCAGUGCCCUUCGCAGCGCGUCGCUAAUGACAGCGCUUUCGUGGGUAUUGAUGCUUGGCUAUACUACUUUAAUGCCAGUUUUCCGAACGCAAAUCCACUAGCUGGUAGUGGGGCCUUUCACUCGGCGGAGAUUGAGAUGGUCUUCGGCACGUAUACGCAAAAAGGGGCCACGAAGGUUCAAAAGGAACUAAGCCAGGUAAUCCAGAAAACCUGGGCUGACUUUGCGAAGAAUCCGUCUGCCGGACCCGGCUGGGAAACUGUCCCUCGGGUUGGGAUUUUUGGUGAUGGGCCGAAGACUGAAGGAGACGAUGUGACCCAGGGUUUGUUUCAAACUGUUGAUGCUAAGGAGCUUGAUGGGCGGUGUCAGCUGUAUCAGGGUUUAUAUGAGGCUUUGGAGGCUGGUGGGCAUUAG